AAGAUGAAAUUUAGGAGGGGAAGCAUUUUCCCUAAGCAACUGCUGGGGCUCAUAUGUAAUUUUCUCCGCUCCACGUGGCAUGCUCCGCAUAGCUUUACUGACACCUAUCUCCGAAGCAGCGUCUAGCUCUUCCCACACUCGCCGAGUCAAACUCAACACCUCUCUCCCAACCGCCAUAAAUCGGAAGUGAGCUAUGAUCCUCUAUGCGUCAGCCGGAUAAUAUAAUCUCCCCUCCGAUCGCCGCUAAACUUCACCGCUCCCUCAAUCGUUGCAUUAUCCUCAACUCUUCGCUUCUCUUCUCAACUAGCCGAAGGUCCACGAUGUCUUCAUCGUCCGGCGGCCCUUCUCCGAUAUCUAAAAACGACGACGACGACGUCGAAGCCCGUCGAAAUCGAAUUCUCUCAAGGAAGCUCUAUUUCGACGUGCCUCCUUCUAAGGCUCCGUUUAUCUACUCAUCUUCAUACAAUAUCGCCUUUCUCGGCAUAGAAAAGUUGCACCCAUUUGAUUCUUCUAAAUGGGGUCGUAUCUGCCAGUUCCUCACUGCAGAUAAAAUUCUGGAGAAAAAGCAAAUAGUUGAGCCUCUGGAGGCAACCAAAGAUGAUCUCCUAGUGGUACAUUCAGAGUCCUACUUGGCUAGUUUAAAGAGCAGCAUAAAUGUCGCUAUGAUUGUUGAGGUCCCACCUGUCUCAGUUCUGCCUAAUUGUCUUGUACAACAGAAAGUUCUUCAGCCUUUCCGCAAGCAGGUAGGAGGAACCAUUUUGUCUGCUAAGCUUGCAAAAGAACGAGGAUGGGCUAUCAAUGUGGGUGGUGGGUUUCAUCAUUGCUCUGCAAGCAAGGGAGGUGGCUUUUGUGCUUAUGCAGACAUCUCAAUUUGUAUUCAGUUUGCCUUUGUCAGGUUGAAUAUAUCAAGAGUGAUGAUAAUUGAUCUUGAUGCACAUCAAGGAAAUGGCCAUGAAAUUGAUUUUGCAAAUGACAGAAGGGUCUAUAUUCUUGACAUGUACAAUCCUGGCAUUUAUCCAUUGGAUUUUGAAGCCAGGAGAUACAUUGAUCAGAAGGUUGAAGUUGGGAGUGGGACUGAAACAAAUGACUACUUGACUAAACUAGAUCAAGCUCUUAAGGUUGCUGAACAUAAAUUUAACCCUGAGUUAAUUGUGUAUAAUGCUGGCACUGAUAUAUUGGAUGGAGAUCCUCUGGGCAGAUUGAAGAUCAGUCCAGAAGGAAUAGCCGCAAGGGAUGAAAAGGUUUUUAGAUUUGGUCGGGAGAGAAAUAUCCCUCUUCUGAUGCUUACAUCAGGUGGUUACAUGAAGUCCAGUGCUAGAGUUAUAGCGGAUUCAAUCAUAAAUCUUUCAAGGAAGUCGUUGAUAGACAUUGGUACUGGCAUUUCUGGGAAAAUAUGAACCUCCUGUCACCUGUUGUGGAUACUGCCUUCAUUUUAUACCCCUUCUUUUUUUGUCCUUAUAAAAAUUAAGUUAUGAAUUAUGUGGAUGUUAGCAAAGUAAAGGAGUUAAUACUCAAUUUAAUCUUUAAUUAUAGUGAUUUUUCUUUUCUCCUAAA